AUGAAAGUGUCAAACAUGAAUCAUCAAGCCAAAGCACUAGUGUUGGUGGCGUUUCUCUUGGUUCUGUCUGGAACAUUUCAGUGUUCUUCUUCAUAUGCUUAUGAGCCUCAUGACAGCAAGAAGACGCAGACUUUAUCUCCAAAUCAAUUGGGGUCCUUCGUUUUUCGUCUCAGUGGAAGUGUUCAUCAAGGAUCCUACACUGUCAACAUGGAGAUAGGAAACCCACCCAUGCCCUACACUCUGGAUAUGGACACUGGCAGCUAUGUCACUUGGAUCCAAUGUGAUGCACCAUGUAUCAAUUGUCUUCAGGCUCCUCAUAGACCAUACAAGCCCCCCAGGAUUGAUGCUGCCUUGUGUCAGGACCACAUGUGUGAUUUUGUGGAUCAUCCUGCAAACUAUCCAUGUAGGCAACCUAAUGAUCGAUGCCACUAUGAGGUUCAAUAUGCCGAUGGAGCUUUAUCUAUUGGCUUGCUGGUCAGAGACUCCUUUCCACUCCAUCUCACCACUGGUUUCUCCAGACCCACUCUCAUCUUCGGGGAUUUCAUGUUUUCUGAUUCUCUUAUCUUUAGGUGUGGAUUUGAUCAAAGAGUUCCACCUUCAACCUUGCCUAAUGUUGAUGGCAUCCUUGGCCUUGGCCGUUCGCCACUAACCAUUGCAUCACAGCUACGAGCUCAGGGUCUAAUCCAAAAUGUCUUUGGCCAUUGUAUAGGCAGCCGAGAUGGGUAUCUUUUCUUCGGAGCUCAUUCCCCUUCUCCAGGAACUGUGUGGAUGCAAAUGGCAGGGCAUCACAGGGACGACUACUCGCCGGGGCAUGGAGAUAUCCUCUUUGAUGGGAAGGUUACUCCUCUAAAGCAGCUUGAAGUCGUUUUCGACUCUGGGAGUACCUACACCAUUUUUGCUCCCCAUGCUUAUACAGCUACACUUGCUCUGGUGAGAAUCAAACUCAUAAUUAGUACUGUGAGGAAUAGUUUAAGGGGAACUCCACUGAGAGAGAUUAAUGACGACACAUAUCUCCCAGUCUGCUGGAAAGGCCCAAAACGCUACAGAGUUGUUGGUGAAGUCAGGAACUACUUCAAGCAUAUGGCACUCCUCUUUUCAAGAACCAACAAUGCUCAGCUUCAAUUGCCUCCAGAAGCUUAUCUUAUCAUCUCACCAUCGGGCAAUGUAUGCUUCGGCAUUUUAAAUGGUGCUCAUUUAGGACUCGAAAACUUGAAUCUAAUUGGAGGUAAGAUAUGUACAAAUAUUUCUUUGCAAGAUAAGUUGGUGAUUUAUGACAAUGAGAGAGAGUUAAUUGGAUGGGUUCCUUCAAACUGCAAUGCCAGGGUGGCUCAUCAUCCCAACUCGAGCAGCACUUUGCCAGCUGAAUCUCCUUCAACUUAA